GCCUAGUAAAAGCCAAUUAAACCCACAAGCCCCGUCAAAUUUUGGAGUGCUUUGGAGGGAAGUGCUUGUGUCUGAAGGUGGAAAUUAAACUAAAAGAAGCAACUUUUGAAGUGCAUGGGGGGAAGAAAAUCUUCAAAGUGCUUUUCGAUCUGCAGCAUUUUGAAGAGCUGCUGCUUCCCAAUGGGGGGGAGAUCAUCAGAGGAUGGUGGGUAUUGGGACGAAAGUGCAGAGAUUAGAAGAAGGAUGUGGCCAAGCGAUGAAGACAGAGGGCGGUGGGUGGCAGAGCCUGGCAUCGACCGCAAGGCUUCUGCUUUCAUUGCCAGAUUCUAUGAAGCUCGAGUUUCUGACCCUCAACGCCAAACUUUUGCUGUUUAAUUUCUCAUCAUCUUUUCAUUAAUGCCUCUCUCAUCUUGAUUUCUCUCCCUCUCUCUCUUAUUUCCCUUGUAAUCUUUCAUUUUUAUCAAUAAAAGUGUUGGUUGGACGGUUACUCCAUGGAUUUAGAUAUCUUGCUUCUUCUGCUAUCGAGUAUUUGGGUUUGUUACUUGGAGCGUAGGUUCGAUGAUUUACUUCACGGGCGAGGAACUUAACGUGUGGUGGGUGUGUGUGAGUAUUUUCUUGUA